UAACGUAUUGAAUUUUUUCAACUCAUUUUCGCUAUUAUGCGAUUGAAAUAAGAGAAUUUUUCGCGAAAGAUAUUCGAUAUACCGGUGAAGUAUCAUUUUGCAGCUUUCAAAAGCAUCGUUAUUGUGUUAGGUUAAAGGAACCCGAACCUGACCGGCCUCAGUUACCUCAUAAUCCAGGAAAAAGUAUACUUUAUCAUUGAUUGAUUAAAUGCUUCACGUCAAGGCGAUCAAACGAUUAAGAUUGUGUUUUCGCGUGUGGUUCCGUUACUAAUCAUCGUUUGCCGGAUUGGCUGCUGUUCGUUGGUGACCGAGUAAUGCAGAAGAUAAGUUCCGAUUCCAUUAUAGACGCCGAAAUGAAAGAAACUUUUGGCGAGAAAGUGGUGAUCUUGGAUGCUGGAGCGCAAUAUGGUAAACUGAUCGAUAGAAAGGUUCGUGAACUUAAUGUCGAAAGUGACCUAUUACCAUUGGAUACUCCGGCUAUCGCCAUCAAAGAAAAAGGAUACAAAGCUAUUAUUAUAUCCGGUGGUCCGAAUUCUGUUUAUGCUGAAGAUGCCCCUCGUUACGAUGCAGAUAUUUUCCGAUUAGGAUUACCAGUACUAGGAAUUUGUUACGGAAUGCAAAUGUUGAAUAAAGAAUUCGGUGGUCAAGUUAGCUGUAAAGAUAAUAGAGAAGAUGGUGUUUUUGAUAUUGAAAUUGAUCCUACAUGUCCGCUUUUCGAAAAAUUAGAUACAAAGCAGCAAGUUCUGCUAACUCAUGGUGAUUGCGUUGAACGUGUAGCUGAUUCUUUUCGUAUAAUAGCGACGUCCGGCAGUUUUAUCGUCGGUAUAGCUAACGAUAAAUCACGUUUAUAUGGUUUACAGUUUCAUCCUGAAGUUGAUUUAACUACUAAAGGCAUCGCUAUGAUCAAGUCGUUUCUUUUCGGCGUUUCUCGAUUAAGUGGCAAUUUUACGUUAGAAGAUCGCGAAAAUGAAUGCAUUAAGUAUAUUAAAAAAACAGUCGGUGAUAAGAAAGUUCUGUGUUUACUGAGUGGAGGUGUUGACUCGACCGUCUGCGCAGUACUUUUGCACAGAGCGCUCUCCCAGCCCGGCCAAAUAUACGCGAUUCACAUCGAUAACGGUUUCAUGAGAAAGAACGAAAGCAGCGAAGUGAUACAAUCUUUGAAUAAUCUCGGACUCAACGUUAAUGUUGUAAAUGCCAAAUAUAGAUUCAUGUACGGUACUACAAUCGCUCCUCUAGAUAAAAAAGACACUGUUCGGACUCGUAUCACGAAAAUGCUGUGCAAAGUUUCUGAUCCGGAAGAAAAAAGACGUAUUAUAGGAGACGUAUUCAUCAAAGUCGCUAACGAAGUGAUAGAAAGCUUAAGUUUGAAACUAGAAGAUGUGAUCCUAGCACAAGGCACGUUACGUCCCGACUUAAUCGAAUCCGCUUCAAUAUUGGCUAGUUCGAAAGCCGACGUGAUCAAAACACAUCACAACGAUACCGCAUUCGUUCGCAAACUACGAGAUCUCGGUCAGAUCGUCGAACCGCUCAAAGAUUUUCACAAAGAUGAAGUACGACAGCUAGGCAGAUUGUUAGGCUUACCCGAGGAAAUCGUUAUGCGACAUCCUUUCCCCGGGCCUGGAUUAGCGAUCCGCGUGCUGUGCGGAGACGAACCCUACGUCGAGAAAGAUUUCUCCGAGACUCAAGUACUCGUCAAGAUUAUCGUCGAAUUCGAGAACAUGCUGCAGAAACAACACGCUUUGCUCAAUAGAGUCGAAAACGCUACGAACGAAGAUGAAAGAUCCGAGUUGAGGAGGAUUUCGCAAAGACAGACGUUCGCCGCUACUUUAUUACCAAUACGCACAGUCGGUGUACAGGGUGACAAACGAACGUACAGUUACGCCGUAGGUAUAUCUAGUAAGCAAGAACCCGAAUCUGUAUACGAUUGGCAAGAUUUACUCUACUACGCUAAAAUUAUUCCGCGAAUAUGUACCAGUGUAAAUAGAGUUUGUUACGUGCAUGGUGGAUUAGUUAAAGAUCAAUUAAUCGAUAUCACGCCGACCUACCUAACGCGGCUGGUCUUAUCGACAAUAAGGGAGGCCGAUAGCAAGGUCAAUCAGAUAUUAAUUUCAUCUUCGAGUGUAAAAAACGUUUCGCAAAUUCCGAUCGUGCUGUUACCGUUGCAUUUCGACAGAGACAUAGCAAUACGAAUGCCGUCUUGCCAAAGAUCGCUCGUCAUUCGACCCUUUAUCAGCAAUGAUUUCAUGACUGGAGUACCAGCACUGCCCGGAAGAGAUCUAUCUAUCGAUGUGGUUAAGAAUAUUUUACAAACGUUGAAAGAGUUGCCCGGCAUUUCGAGAGUUUUAUACGAUUUAACAACUAAGCCUCCCGGUACUACCGAGUGGGAAUAAAUUUAGGCUAAACAAAUUUUCAUCAUUGUGUAUUUAACUCUUUUUUUUUCCUCUCUCAUUUAUUUAAUACGUAUACAUGUAUUAAUUUCGCGAAAAUAUAUUUCAUUUUUAUUAAU